AUUUUUUUUCCUCUGUUGAGAUUUUUUUCAUGCAGAAGAACAUACAUUUGACGAUUAAUGCAAAAACUGAUGCAUUUUCCGUGUUGUGUGACCUCCGUGGCUGACAAGAACACGGUGGUUGUACGACAUCAUCCUCCAGCAAAACGUUCCUCCAAACUACACAACAACAGAAAUGUUGAAAUAUCCGGGGAUGGAAUUUGUGGAAUUUUAUACAAAUGGGUAAAUUUUGGUAAGGGAUGGCGGCCGCGUUGGUUUGUUCUUCAUGAUGGUGUGCUUUUGUACUACAAAAUUCAUGGACACAAUAAGAUUGUGUUUAAUUCAGAAAUAGAGAAUAAUGGCUUUAGAGUCAUAGGGAAAAAAUCAUUUCGUUUGAUCAACUUAUAUAAAACGACGACUCCAUCUUCUCAAUUCCUCCCUCGAAAACCAUCACGUGAAAUCCAUCUCAAGGACUCAUCAGUAAUGGGAAGUUGUUCAGAUGAUCGGAGGUUUUUGAUACUUAAUGGGAAGAAGAAGCUGCAAUUGAGGGCAGAGUCGAAGGAGGAUAGGUUAAUAUGGUUGGAAGGAUUGUUUGCAGCAAAGAAGACAUAUUUUACAAGUGAUUUUAUUCAUAUGACUAGAAUCAACAAGGCUGCAACUCGAGAAAGCGAGAUGAAAGGAGGAAACACAAGCAGAUUGGAUGAAGAGCGUUAUAGGCAGGAGGAAACUGAUGAGAACUUAUAUUUUGAUGCUGAAGAUUGUCUUUCGUCGAGUUCCUUGAGAAGUGCCAAGUGUUAUGAUGAUGGCUCAUCUUUUGAUUCUGAUAAUGAGGAGGUUCAUCCAUCUGAAGAUGGUCUUAGUACUUUUAUGAGAUUUGUUGAAUGUGACUAUCCUUACGUAGAACGAAGAGAGAAAUUGCCCGAUCCAGUUGAACAGGAGAAGGGAAUUAGCCUUUGGUCGAUUAUCAAAGAUAAUAUCGGGAAGGAUCUAACUAAAGUGUGUCUUCCUGUGUACUUCAACGAACCCCUCUCUUCUUUGCAGAAAUGUUUUGAAGAUUUUGAGUACUCGUACCUUCUUGAUCAAGCAUAUGAAUGGGGGAGAACUGGAAAUGGCCUUAUGAGGAUGCUUAAUGUUGCAGCAUUUGCUGUAUCUGGAUAUGCUUGCACGGAUGGUAGAAAAUUUAAGCCAUUUAAUCCAUUAUUGGGUGAGACAUAUGAAGCCAAUUACCCAGACAAGGGACUGCGUUUCAUCUCAGAGAAGGUAAGUCAUCACCCCUUGAUUCUUGCAUGUUACUGUGAAGGCCGCGGUUGGAAGAUGUGGGGAGAUACCAAUUUAAAAAGUAAAUUUUGGGGUCCAUCAAUUCAACUUGAUCCAGUUGGUGUCCUUAACUUAGAGUUUGAUGAUGGAGAAGUAUUCCAAUGGAGCAAGGUAACAACUUCCAUCUACAACCUCAUUUUAGGGGAAGUCUAUUGCGAGCACUAUGGUACGAUGCAUAUCCAAGGAAGCAGUGGCUACUCCUGCAAAGUUAAAUUCAAGAAGCAGUCCCUUAUGAAUAGAAAUCCACACCAGGUUCAUGGAGUUGUACAAGAUAGGAGUGGAAGAACAGUAGCAACUGUGUUGGGAAAAUGGGAUGAAAGUUUGCACUACUCUAAUUCAUCGAUGGAUUCAGGCCAAGAUAUGGCAUUUUUGCUUUGGAAGAAGAGCAAACCAUCAAAUUUUCAAACAAAGUACAACUUUACACAUUUCUCAAUCACUCUUAAUGAGCUCUCUCCAGAUCUUGAGGAAAAGUUGCCUCCGACAGAUUCAAGGCUUAGACCUGAUCAACGAUUUCUUGAAAAUGGAAAAUAUGAAAUCGCUAACUCAGAAAAGUUACGCCUAGAACAGAAGCAACGCCAGGCAUCACAAAUGCAGGAAAAAGGCUGGAAACCAAGGUGGUUUAGAAAGCCAAAAGGUAGUGACAUAUAUGAGUAUAGAGGAGGAUACUGGGAAGCUAGAGAAACUGGUAAAUGGAAAUCAUGUCCACAUAUUUUUUCUGAAGAAACUUGACUUCUUUUAGUCCUUUUGCAACUUCUAUGCAAUAUUGGACAGGCAAAAGGGGAUAUGAAUUAAGAUAAGAUGUAAAUGGAUACAGUCAUAUUGAGUUGGAGACUAUGUUACUGGAAUCUCCAAAAUUGAUGUCGCAGCCUUGUUGGAUCCUCCAAAUAUGCAUCAUUUUUAAAGAGUUCGAGCAGCAUAAGUUGGACGUGAUUCAGCUGGAAGGAGAAGAAAACAGUUGUUUUUGCCUUCUACUUGUACUAUAUUAUUUUCUGUUUCGUAGAUAGUUUAUCUUAUUCUUUCUUUUUAGGUUUUACAAGUCCAUCGUAUUGUAUAUGCCCCAAAUCCUCCUUGAAAUUCAAGGAAGCAUUGUUCUGUUCUUUAGACUCACUUAGAAUUAUUAGAUGUCAAAAUGCUAGAGAUGAUUUCUAUAUCCAUCCGUUCAAGUUUUCAUGGAUAGAGUUAUCCGGUAUUUGUGUUGUUGGGAAGUAGCAGUUAUCCCAUGGAAUAGUCGUGGUGUGUGCAAGUUGGCUCGAACACUAGAGUCAAAAAAAAGAGGCUUGUUUUGCCUUUUACUAGUAUAAUAUUAUUUUCUUUUGUAGAAAGUUUCUUUUGUUCUUCUUUUUAGGUUUUUCAAGUCCAUCAUAUUGUAUAUGCCCCAAUCUUCCUUUAAAUUCAAAGAAGUAUUGUUCUGUGCUGU